CGGAAUUAAAGGGCAAGACCCGCUUAAACCUUUUAUUAUGGAACAUUUUUAACAUAAAAAAGAACAAAGUGUAAUGAACUCCCAUGUGACCAUCACCCAGCUUCAACAAUUAUCAACAUUUUGCCAUUCCUGUUUUAUUCCCCUUCCUCAUUUUUUUUGAGUAUUUUAAAGCCAAACAUGGUUUCAGCCUUAAAUGCUUCAGUCCAUAACCUUGAACACUUACACCCAACGAGACUAAUCAUGGUUCCCUAAUAUCAUCUAAUAGCUAGUCUAUACUCGAAUUUCGCCUAAAUAGUGCCUUUUUACAGUAGGUUUGUUCCCAUUGAGAUCCAAACGGGCCCAGAUUGCACUUGGCUGAUGCCGCUCUUAGUCUCUUUUGCUACCCCUCCUUUCUUUCCCCUUUUUUUCCCUCAAGCCACUCAUUUCUUUAUGGCGCUUCUCUCUGGACCCGCCCUCUCCCACUUUGAGCAAAUCUAAGCGGAGCCGGAAGCGCUUCUGCUUGGUCCCUGGAGCUCUGGGCGGUGCUUCCCUCUGGGCCCGCCCCCUUCCUUUCUGAGCCAAUCCGAGCAGCGCAGGGAGCGCUCUGGCUUCCUCUCGCGUAGCUCUGUGGAUCCCUCUGGACCCACCCCUUUGCCGUCUGAGCCAAUCCAGACGGUCCCGCGAGUGGCAUGGCUGCCCCCAGCUUCGCGAGUUUGGAACGUACAACUAAUGCUGCGAGUUAGCUCGGGUAGUCUCUGGGUACCCGUGAGGGCCACCAGGAUUUCCAGGUCCCACGUUCUAGUCUCCUGUCGGCCCGCAGGCCUCAGGCUCUGAGGAGGCUGGAUCCUUCCUUGGAAAUGUGGGAUCUCUCCUCACCUUUAAUAUCAUUAUGGAUAAACAGAUUUUACAUUUAUAUGGGCUUUGCCUUUGGCAUCAGCCUUUGGAUUUGUGUCCAGAUUGUCAUCAAGAAGCAGGACAGGAAUUCACAGGAGAAAUCUGUUUCAAAAAGAACUCGGGAUUUGAUGACAAAUGAUCAUAGCUCCCUUGAAAAGAAGGAAAUCUUUGUGUCUGGAGUGAAGAUUUUCUAUGGUUCCCAAACUGGUACAGCAAAGGGAUUUGCAACAAUUCUUGCUGAAGCAGUUACCUCCUUAGAUCUGCCUGUGGCAAUUAUUGAUCUGAAAGAAUAUGAUCCAGAUGAUCAUCUGGUAGAAGAGGUUACUAGUAAAAAUGUCUGCGUCUUCCUGGUUGCUACAUAUACUGAUGGCCGGCCAACUGAGAGUGCUGAGUGGUUCUGCAAAUGGUUAGAGGAAGCAUCCAGUGAUUUUCGAUUUGGCAAAACUUAUCUGAAGGGCAUGAGAUAUGCAGUGUUUGGCUUGGGCAACUCUGCCUAUGCAAGCUACUUCAACAAGGUUGGCAAAAAUAUCGAUAAGUGGCUCUGGAUGCUCGGAGCUCAUCGUGUGAUGACUCGAGGGGAGGGCGACUGUGAUGUGGUCAGGAGCAAACAUGGCAGCAUUGAAGCUGAUUUCAGAGCAUGGAAGACCAAGUUCAUCUACCGGCUGCAGGCCCUCUGUAAAGGAGAGAAAAAAAAAUCCUGUGGUGGCAACUGCAAAAAAGGCAAAUGCGAAUCUAAUCAGCAUGGCUCAGAGGAAACAGAGCCAGGGUCCCAUACUCCGGAUGACUUGCAUCCGAGAGACACGGAGGAGGAAGAGCCUGGUGAGAACACCAGCGAGGAAGAGUUUGGUACUGAGGAUCAUCAGGGCCUAAAUUCUGUUGUUGAUGUUGAGGAUCUUGGCAAAAUUAUGGAUCGCGUGAAGAAAGAAAAGAAAGAAAAGGAGCAGCAGGAAGAAAAAACUAGUUUGUUCAGGAGCACGGGGAAGAAUGAAGAUGGUGAAAGAAGAGCUAUGAUAACUCCUGCUCUCCGAGAAGCCCUUACUAAACAAGGUUAUCAGUUGAUUGGGAGCCACUCUGGGGUGAAGCUUUGCAGGUGGACAAAGUCAAUGCUUCGAGGGAGAGGAGGUUGCUAUAAACAUACAUUCUAUGGCAUUGAAAGCCAUCGCUGCAUGGAAACCACUCCGAGCUUGGCAUGUGCAAAUAAAUGUGUCUUCUGUUGGCGGCACCACACCAAUCCGGUGGGCACUGAAUGGCGGUGGAAGAUGGACCAACCUGAAGUGAUCUUAAAGGAAGCCAUGGAAAACCAUCAGAACAUGAUUAAGCAGUUUAAAGGAGUACCAGGUGUCCAAGCAGAGCGCUUCGAAGAAGGAAUGACGGUAAAGCAUUGUGCAUUGUCCCUUGUGGGAGAACCAAUAAUGUACCCAGAGAUCAACAGGUUUUUGAAGCUACUCCACCAUUGUAAAAUCUCCAGUUUCCUGGUCACAAAUGCACAAUUCCCCAUGGAAAUUAGAAACCUCAAGCCAGUUACUCAGCUAUAUGUCAGCGUGGAUGCUAGCACCAAAGAUAGCCUGAAGAAAAUUGAUCGCCCACUCUUCAAGGAUUUCUGGCAAAGAUUUCUUGACAGUUUAAAAGCCUUGGCAGCAAAGCAACAACGUACUGUCUACAGACUGACGCUCGUGAAAGCGUGGAAUGUAGAUGAGCUCCAGGCCUACGCUCAGCUCGUGUCCCUGGGAAAUCCUGACUUCAUUGAGGUGAAGGGUGUCACCUACUGUGGAGAAAGUUCAGCGAGCAGCCUUACCAUGGCCAAUGUGCCCUGGCAUGAGGAAGUGGUACGGUUUGUUCGGGAGUUGGUGGAGCUGAUCCCCGACUAUGAAAUUUCAUGUGAACAUGAACAUUCCAACUGCCUCCUGAUAGCGCACAAAAAGUUUAAGAUCGAUGGAGAAUGGUGGACGUGGAUCGAUUACAACCGCUUUCAGGAGCUCAUCCAGGAGUACGAAGAUAGCGGCGGAUCAAAAACUUUUAGCGCAAAAGAUUACGUGGCCAAAACUCCUCACUGGGCGCUAUUUGGUGCCAAUGAAAGAGGCUUUGAUCCCAAGGACACAAGAUAUCAGAGGAAGAACAGAGCAAAGGAUAUUUCUGGAUGUUGAGAUUAUCUGUCUUCAGGAUAUGAAAGGACAAAAACAGGAUGGCCUCAGAAGGUUCUUGGACUCUACUGCAGUCUUCCCAAGGACAAA